AUGGCAACCACCGUGCUCACCCAGAGUCCGAUUCAGCCCAUGGAGGUAGAUGACUCACGCCAAGCGUCCACACUACGAUUGUCAUCUCAAAAUUCCCAAGAUUCGCGGACUCGUGGUCUUUUCUCUCACGAUAAUGGCUCCGGCGAAGGUGCUUCCGUCUCUCAGGAUGCGCAACUAUCGAGGGCGAGGGCUGUUAUUCUCAUUGCCACCCUUACGGGCAUUACAUUCGUGGGCAGUAUGAGCGGGGGCCUUUUGACUGUUGGUCUGCCAUCAAUCGCGAAGGACUUGCAGCUUCCAGAAAACCUGCUGCUGUGGCCUGUUUCGGUCUAUUCUCUUUCCAAUGGAUGCUGUCUUCUCUUGGCAGGCUCACUUGCCGACUUUAUUGGAAACAGACCCAUCAAUCUCAUCGGUUGUUUCUUGAUGGGUGUCUUCAUCCUGGCCUGCAGUGUCGCCAAAACCGGUAUCCAGCUCAUCUUAUUUCGCACAUUUCAAGGAGUUGGAACUUCCAUGUGUCUACCAACGGCAUUCAGCAUUUUGACGGAUACUAUGCCCAUCGGUAAACGACGCAAUAUCGGGUUUGCCUGCAUAGGACUCGGGCAGCCCCUCGGCUUUUCGGUUGGUCUUGUUUUUGGAGGCGUUUUUCAAGCAUCUGCUACCCUGGGCUGGAGAUUUGGAUAUUAUCUCUGCGCCGGUGCAUCCUUUAUCCUGAUGGCAGUCAACUAUUUCAAACUUCCCAACGACAAACCGAGAGAGCCUAUUACGUUCCAUCGCCUCCGGACAGAAAUUGACUGGAUCGGUAUCAUUCUGUCCAGUGCCUGUCUAGGAAUAAUCUCCUACGUUUUCUCUGCAAUUACCGAUAAGCCGUCGAACAUUCGUCACCCAGACAACAUUGCGCUUCUCUGCAUCUCAGGUGCCAUGAUUCCCGCGUUUUGGUAUUGGAUGAGAUGGAGAGAAGAGUCUGGAAAGUCGGCACUGAUUCCAAAUUCGCUAUGGAAAAACACUGCCUUUGCUUCCAUCUGCGUCAUGGUUCUAUUCUCCUGGGCUGUUUUGAAUGGCAUGGAAACAAUAUUGAGUCUUUUCUUCCAAGAAGUUCAGAAUCUAUCUGCUUUCGAAGCCGCUAUCCGUUUCAUGCCCAACGUCAUAAUCGGUAUCGUUCUCAAUAUUGCGACCGGACUUCUCGUGCAUCGCCUUCGCGCCAAUUGGCUUGUCCUGGUCACAACGAUUUUGAGUGCUGGAUCGCCUUUGUUGCUGGCCAUAAUUGAUCCAAAGUGGUCUUGGUGGUACUGCGCUUUCUGGGCGGUUCUUCUGGCCCCUCUCUCGGCGGAUGUGAUUUUCACGGUCGCAAAUCUUAUUAUCGCGGACUCGUUCAGCCCCAAAACGCAAGGACUCGCAGGCGCCGUAUUCAAUACUAUUGCGCAGUUCGGUACCUCUAUCGGACUGACUAUCUUCGCCAUAAUCUCAGCUGGUGUCACACAAGGAUCAUCUUACACCGACAAGAGCUCCCCUGGCGCUCUUAUGGUUGGAUACAGAGCUGUUUUCUGGACCUGUUUCGGCUUGAUGGUUGCUGCAUCUGCGAUCGGGGCUUGGGGAUUGCGCAAGGCCGGAAAAGUCGGGUUGAAGAAGGACUAA